CCUGCUCAGAGACGCUUUUCCUUUGAGGCCUUCGGUUCCUGGGCGCCUUGACGUCACUUCCUCCUUAGCGGUCGGACGAGGAGAAGGCAAGAUGAUCCCGCCGGUGGAGGUUUCCCCGCUGAUCAAGUUCGGCAGGUAUUCAGCACUGCUCAUUGGGAUAGUCUAUGGAAAGAAAAGAUAUGACUAUUUGAAGCCUAUUGCUGAGGAGGAAAGGAGAAUAGAAGCAGAGGAGAAGAAGAAGCGUGAAGAAAUGGAACGAAUUGCAAAAGCACUGGCAGAAGCUAGCGACGAUUCAAUACUGAAAUAAACCUGCUUGAUCUUCGUCUUCACCUUUUAAUAUCCAAUGUAUGAAAUUUUGAAGUAGUUGGAUCUCAAGUGUCAAACACAAACUUAUUUACAUCAAUAAACAGUUGCUGGAAGAGCUGUUGUCAGAUUCACUAAUGCGCAAAGUACAAAUGGCAUAAAAUCAUCUCCUUCAUAUUUAUCUAGCAAGCAGGAGAUUUGCAUAUAUUACUUUUCAUGCGGCAAUAUUUGUGAAAAUCGAAGCAGUAUCUAAUUCUCAGCUGUCUGUGUGAAAGAAGACUUGGUUUCCUUGCGCUGCUGCUGGAAUGUAGACUUUUCCAGAUAAUAGGACAGUAAGUUACAAGUCAGCCGCUUGUAGGGGGUGUAGUUGUUGCACUUCUAGGCAAUACAGUUGGCCUGUUUGCUUGUGUAAUAAAUAGAUUUCAGUACACGACUUCAAAACAUGAACUGACAGGGUGGCAUAGGAAUGCAUGUUAAAACACCAAUAAUUUCAUCACUGUCAGCCUUGGAAACUUAAGUCUGUAUGUACAAGUAUUUCAUACUACAUUUUGUGUGGCCAGUACUAAUACCUUUGGAAACAUGUAAGUGACACCCAGUAAUUUCUCACACUGAUACGUUAAAUAAAAAGCAGACUUCAUUUA